UGUCCCAAGGCGGUGGGGAUGCGGCACGGCGAUUAAUAACGCGCCUCGGCGAUGAGCGCCCAAGUCGUCAAUAGCGAGUUCGCGCUCGCCACAGACGCAGCGCGCCGCGACGCCUAGCAAUCGCAACUUCGCUACCAAUCGUCGCUCGCCGGCCGAGGGGCGAUGUUGCCGUGAGGAGGCCGCGAGUCGGAGUCAAUCAGGAUGAAGUCGAUGGGCGACGUCGUGGCAGAGGCGCCAGCCAAGGGUGUCGAAAUCGGGCUGCUGCGUCGCGUGAGCAUCGACUCCGUCGACAGGCCCCCGCCAGCCGUGCCCUACAGCGGGCCCGGGGAGCUCCGCACCAGGACGCUGCGCAGCCUCAAGCGGGGUCUCGGCAAGCUCUGGCGCAGGCACCGGGGCAACGCCUCGAUCACCGAGUACGACCCUUCGUACAAGGUCGCCUACCUCGGCAACGUACUCACAGGAUGGGCGAAAGGCGAGGGCUGCGUCGAGAAGCCCGUGUCGACGCUCUGGCGCAAUUACGUCAGCAGCAGUCGACCCGACGUGUCGAUGAGGCUUACGGUGACGAACGGCGGCUUGACCGCCACGACCAAAGACCACGGGCUCACGGAGUACUGGGCCCACCGUGUCACCUACUGCACCGCGCCCGCCUCCCAUCCUCGCCUCUUCGUCUGGGUCUACAGGCACGAGGGCCGGCGACUAAGGCCCGAGCUCAGGUGUCACGCGGCCCUCUGCUCGAAGGAGUCGACCGCGAGGAGACUCGCCACCGUGCUGAACGCGAGACUCCAGCAGGCGCUACUCGAGUUCCGGAGGGACAAGGUCUCGAAGCAGAACGCCAGGUUAUCGCUGGCGAAUGCGGUUUACGAGAAUCCCUCGCUGCCCAGGCGCAAGAUCCUCCUGAGCACGGGUGGCUCCAACUACCGGCCGCCCUUAGAGCGCUCUAAGAGCGCCCCGAAGCUCUCCGCGAUCGAGGAGGACGCGGUCGCUGAAGAGAUCGAGCAGCAGCGCUUUCUGGACGAGCUCCGCUCCCUCGAGCACGUGGCACGCACCUGGCAGGAGCAGGAGGGCUGGAGGCUUGCUAGGCUCCUCGACGCCCUCCACCGGGAGUCCUCGGACGAGAACGGCAGCAUAUCAAGCGGCUGCGAGACAGCGAGCACCGCCAACAGCGAGGAGCGGGUAUCCAGCAGCGAGGACUCGCAUUUGCCCCACGAGCCCGACCUACUUAACGGUCAGCGGUUAAAUUGCUCCAAGUCGAGUGUGACGACGCCGACGAUGACAUCGACGGCAACGACGCCGAAGACACCGACGCUGCCCAUAUCACCGCUCUGCAGUGCCGUCGGUAUCCAGCAGUUGACGGGCCCUCGACGGAACUCCGAGGGCUCGCUGAACUUCAUGAGCUGCGCUAUCAGCCCGCGCUUCCGUAGGCGGAGCAGCCGCCAAACGCGUCGCCGCAAUCGGAAGCUGCUGAUGAUGAGCGGAGGCUGCGGUAGCGGGGGCAGCGGCGGCAGCAGCCUCUCCCUCUCGCGUAGCGAGGGCGAGGAGUCGCUCGAGGACGAGGACGAGGACGAGGACGGGCUCAUGAUGCUCGAGGAUGCGAGCGGCUCGCCCGCGGUCAGUGCCACCGCCAAUUACUACGACUACGAGGACGUCGAGGACCUCCAAGAGAUUGUCGACUUCCGACCCCACGGUGAAACAGUGCGGACGUCCUGUGGCGUCGUUGGUGGCGUUGGUGGCAGUAGCGGCUGUAGCAGCGGCGGCGGCGGCGGCGGUGGCAGCGGCGGUGGCAGCGGCGGAUGCGGCGGCGGAUUCAGCGGAGGUGGUGGUAGUGGUGGCUGCGGCGGAGGCGGCAGCGCCGGUCAAGUCGCAAAUAGGCUGCAGACGGAGAGUUACGCAGCCCUGAUGGCGCGCCGUGACGAGGUGCGGAAGCUGAUAAGCUGCCGACGAGCGUGCCCGGGUAGAGACGAGAUCGACGCUUGCGUCAAGGACGAGGUGAGCUGCAGGACGUACGUGAGCCCAAAGACGCUGGCGUCGACGCCAGUGAGCUCGACGACGCCGGCAUCGACGAUGCCGACAGCGGUGGUGUUCCAUACUCUAGGCUCUCUGGACGAGGAGGAGGCCGAUAGUGACGAAAGCGGCUACGUCGAGGCCUCGCCCAAGAGCUCGAUGGACCGUGCGGAGCUCAAGAGCCGCAAGGAGGAGCAGCUGGACAAAGAGCAGCAGCAACAGCAGCAGCCAACGACGACGUCGGCGAUAGCUACGGAGGCUAACGAGGAAACGCCGACGAAGACUUCGGAGCACGCAGAAUUCAUCAAGUGUCCGAUAUCCGAAACGAUCAAAAAGCUCGCGAACGCCUCGCUGAGAAGCUCAAAGGCAAUGAGGGCGUCGACGGGGGCGCGAAUCGAGGCCCUCGGCAAGUCAGUCGCCACUAAGCCAGAGAUCGACGGCGAGUCGCCAAGCCUCGUCCAGAGGAAGCGACUCCUUGCCCAACAAGGCGUUACCGUCUGAGUGCGUGCGACGCGAUGAUUUCAAUAUCGUUUUUCCUUGGUUUGUUCGCUUUAGAGUGAAAUUUGAGGUCGAGGAGCGAGACGCGAGGGAUCGGUUGCACGGGAUUCGUAGCUUUUGCGCCUUGGGGUUUCGUUGGUAAGGAGGAACUAAUUUAUGAAUGUACCAUCGAAUCUGGAAUGUUAAUGUAGCGCGACUUUUCGAAAGGAUAUUUUGCUUGUUCUUAAUAAGCGUAGUAUUGUAAUAUUAGUACUUAAAUGAUGUCGAAAAGUCCGUGAUUUUAAUGCGUUUAGGAUGUAAAAUUGUGUGCAAACGGUUUGAUUUUUUUUAUGG